CUGCGGUCGAUUGGUUGCGACUCGGCAGGGAUGUGAAACUCCCAUUGAUCGAUCUCCACUACGCUCCCUGCUGACCAGAGAAAACAGCGAAAGCGAGAGGGGAUUUAAAUGGGACAAACAUCGUCCGCCGUGUUUGACGGAUAACGUAGCUAUCUGCGUCCGCCCCCCCCACGCUACCCGAGGUAAUCCGCUAUUAGCUCCGUUGGACGACGAGACUCACGUUAACACGGCGCGACGCUAGCUAGCUUGUAAUGUCGGCACUGUUGGACUUGUUUUCCCCUCCAGACCCCGCUUCCUUUUAGCCUCGGGCUAGCUGGAAAAUCGAAAUUGUGCCACUGAACGCGCAGGUAUAGUCAGCCGACGCGAAGGGGUGUAACUCGACCUCGCACAGCGGGCUACUCGUCGCAGUUUAGCCGUAAUUUAUCCACGAACCUAUGCUAAUAACUUUGCUUCACGGCCAGCUACCAGGGCGGCGGGUUUCUUUUAGUUUGCUAACGCUCGACAGCUAGCCAUCUUGCCUGUGCUGGGGGGAUCUAAGUAUUAAACUUGGCUAGCUUUUGCUGGGAAAUAUAUUUACUUCAACUUAGCAGUUGCCCGUUAAUGGAUAAUUAUCUCAUUUGUUGAGGACCACAUUGCUUUCAACCAUUGCCUUUAAAAACACUUUAUUCUACUGUGUGAAAGCCUGACACUGGUCCUCCGUGAACAGACAAUAGAGAACCUGAGACUUGCUCAGUUGUUGCUCCGCUAACGACGGAAACUACCCAUAACAACACAGAAUAAUGAUUGUAGUUUGUUACUAGUUUAAUGACUAUAUUUUUAUACGUAUGCACUUUCAUAAGUCGUCAAGUAAAUACGCGUUUUUCGUUCAGCUGACCCGCACAGACAGCCAGGGGAGAGACUGGAUGGAGCCGAUGCUGCUUGUGCGACAUACGAGGUUUGUGCUUCCCUGAGCCCGCUGCUCCCAGGUGUCUCCCCUCGGUCGAUUUCAACAGCAGCUUUAGAUGUGUCAGAAAACACGAGCAGUGACCGGGCAUCAUCAGCGGUAACUCGGCGGAUCGACAGACGCGCAGAGGCGGGAGGCUCCUGUCCCUUUCUCCAGCCCACCUUCAUCACGUCCAUCCACCACCACCGCCCUCAUCAUCCUCCUCUUCUCCAGCCAUGGACCCCCCGAGGACUCGGUCGCGGUCUCGGUCCGGCUUCUAUCAUUUCGGCAUGAACGGCAGCGUUGGAGGCAACGGCGGCGGUAACGCUGUCGGCAGCGGGAGCUUGAUGAACGCCAGCGGAGGAGCGGUGAGCUACCCGCCGCAGAGCAACCCCGGCUGGGCGCCCCACCACCACGGUGGUCGUAGCUACUCGGAGGGCCAGCAGCAGCACACCCAGGGGAGCUACAUGUCCGCGGGGGCGCCGCGCCACUCCUCGCUCGGAGCUCACAGACACCCCGGGGCCGGAGGAGUGCUUCAUUUUCAUCCGGAUAAUGUGUGCAAUGACGACCGGGACAAAAUGGAAGACAGCCCAAGCCCGAAAAGGCAGCGUCUUUCCCAGCAGUCCAUGUUGGAUCUGAGCUCUGCACCUCCCUCCACUCCCUCCUCACCCAUUCGUCCAUGGGAGCUGCCUCCCAGUCGCAGACCACACCCCCACUACAUGCCAGAGAGAUGCCACACACCUGUUCGCAACCGCCGCAGCCCUCCAAUGAGACGCCAGCGUGGCCGGAGAGACCGUCUGACCCGCCACCACCACCACGCCCACAACAACCACCACCACUACAACAACAGUAACAACAACAACCACCACCACCACCACCACCAUCACCACCCCAACGCCCACCAUCAUCACCACCACCUCCUGCACUCCCACCACGGCCCGUCGCCAGGCCACCAGGAUGAAAACUACCGUCAUCUGGCUCCUCCUCAGGGCUACCCACCUUACAGCCAGCAACCACCUCGAGGACCCGGGCCUGGGCCCGAGGAGCGUUCAGGUUACCAUCCCCCAAACCCCUCCCCAAGACCCCUCCACCAGUCACCAAACCUGUCUCCGAGGCUGCUGCACCCAGCAGCCCACCCACAGCACCCACACCCUCACCCAUCCCAGCAUCAGAGCAGUUUGGUGCUGGACCUCCAUGAGCAGGGUUCAGCUCCUGUGUCGUAUCCUCUGUCUCCUCCGGGAGCGCCGCCCGGGCUGCCUCCUCGCUCUGCCCCUCAGCAGAUCCCAGCGUGCUCGGUGGUUUUCAGUGGACAGCACUACCCUGUCUGCAGUGUCCCUCCUCCUGUCCUUCAGACCUGUUCUGUGCAGCACUUACCAAUGCCCUAUCCCUUCCCAUCCCUGCUGUCCAGUGACCCGACUUUCCUAUUACCCCCUCCUCACCUCCCUCAUCCCCCCACACACCUUUCCCACCACCCACCUCACUUGCCUCAGCCUGGACAGUUUGGACCCUAUCCGACACAGCAGGCACGAUCGCCAUUACAAAGGAUAGAGAAUGACGUAGAGCUGCUUGGAGAGCACCUGUCUCUGGGUGCUGGGCUCCACUAUCCGCCUGCCACGCACCCAGCCCUCAACCCACACUCCACACAGCUCCACUUCCUCUCCCAUGAUCCCCUGCCACAGGAGUUCUUCGGAGUGUCCUAUCCAAACUUCAUUCCUCGGCGUCUCCCGGGGCGACGGUACCGUUCGCAACAGCCACUGCCACCUUCGCCUUACCACCCCAGCCUCCUGCCUUACUUCCUUUCAAUGCUGCCAGUCCAGCCCACAGGUCCUGCGAUCAGCCUGGAGCUGGAUGUCGACGAUGGAGAGGUGGAAAACUAUGAGGCUCUCCUGAACCUUGCUGAGCGUCUGGGAGAGGCCAAACUCAGAGGACUGACCAAGGGAGACAUUGAACAGCUCCCCUCCUAUCGGUUCAAUCCAAAUAACCAUCAGUCUGAGCAAACACUGUGUGUGGUGUGUAUGAGUGAUUUCGAGUCCCGUCAGCUGCUGCGAGUCCUGCCUUGCAGCCACGAGUUCCACGGGAAAUGUGUCGACAAGUGGCUCAGGGCCAACAGGACGUGUCCCAUUUGUCGGGCCGAUGCCUCAGAAGUUCAGAGAGACUCGGAGUGACCACUAGAGGGAGCCAGACACUCCUCCACUGUCUGUCCGACACAUUCAGUACUGCCUGCUCCUCAUAUAAAGAUACACCUGCGUGCUCGUACACACACACACAUGCACCAGUUCUUUGCCUUUUUGUACAGCACCCUCUCCUCCUUUGUUGUUCUUCCAUUAAUUCUGUUUAAGUUUCACUCUCCCUGAGAUUUUCCCUCUUUCUCUGCCCUUUUCCAGUCAGUCUUUUUUCCUGCGAUUUGUUUUUCUUGUACGUGUACAUACACGCCGGUCCUCACAUUUCUCAGUGAAUGACCCACCAUCCUCCAGUGGUGUGUAUGUGUGUGUUCACAUGCAGCACAACUGUGCAAGUGUUGUUUGGUCGGUCCUAGAGUGUGCGUGUGUGUGUGUGUGUGUGUGUGUGUGUGUCAGAUUUUCUAGCUGUCCUGGAGCAUGCCUGAGUUUCUGUUGUGUAUCAGACAAGAAAAACAUCUGAGAGUGACUGACUUGACUUCCUGUUUGUACGUUGAUGCACUGUAUGUCUGUAUGCAUACUGUCUGUAUGUAUGUUAGACUUUAAUCCUUUUCUCUAGUUUGACACUAAGGGUCCAUGCUGCCACUAUACUUCUAAUUUGCCUAUUUGAUCCGUUUUGUUUCAGCAGAGUUAUUAUUAUUAUUAUUAUUAUUAUUAUUAUUAAAAACUUCUAGGUGAUUGUUUCAUGCCUGGCAGUUACCUCAUCUUUCUGGUUUUGGUUAUUUUUCAUUAUAAGCGCUUCACAGUACUUCUUUGAAAUUAAGCACAGUAUAUUAUAUAUUUUUCUUUUCGUUUGAUAGCAAAAAUAAGUUUGUCUGUGACUUUGCAGUGGCACAUGUGUUACAUAUAUACAUAUAUAUAUAUAUAUACUGUAUAAAUCUAUGAAUAUCUGUAUACCAAAUAAAAGGCUUGAUAUUAACUUUUUAAA